AUGGGGGAUUUCAAUGAAGUUUUAGAGCAACAUGAAAAUAAAGGUGGAAGGCUUGUCACAAAUGGUCAAGUCAGAAUUUUCAACAAUUUCAUAAACUAUCAUGGCCUCAUUGAUUUAGGUUUUCAGGGAGAUACUUUUACCUGGACCAAUAAUCAAACUGAUGGAAAGUUCAUCAUGGAGAGAUUAGACAGAGGCCUAGAUUCUCAACAAUGGUUAGAUAACAACCCACAAGCACUACUCAGACAUUUACCAAGAAUUGGAUCUGAUCAUGCACCACUUCUACUAAAUGAAAGAGCAAUGGAAAGGCGGGGUACAAAAAACUUUCGUGUUGAACACUUGUGGUUUCUACACCCACAAAUGAAGGACAUUGUUAUUAAUGCGUGGCAACAAAAUUUUUCUCAAUUGGAAGCAGCAACUGCAGGCCAAAAGAUGCUCACCAAAAUGAAAGAAACUGCCAUAACUCUACAACAGUGGAAUAAGCAGACCUUUGGACAUCUCCCAGAAUUACUAAAAGAAGCUGAAUUUCAAAUACAAUUAGCCUAA